CUGUGUCAAAUUCAAUGAACCCCAGUCAUUUGAAUAUUGAGAAAAAUGCUGCGCUCUGGUUGUAACCAGGCUUGCAAGCCAUAAGGCAACAGGGUUUGAGUAGCGCAUGUCUGGCGCUGAAGUACCUAGGUCUGAACAUUGAACUGCUGGAAAGGAAUGAUGAGACAUAUAAAAAAACGUACGAUAGCCUUGACCUUGUCGGCCAGCUAUGGCCAUAGUUGUACCUCUUGACUUCAGGCCCUGAACUGAGUCGACUGUAAAUCUCCCCUAUUUUUGUCCCCGCGAGCCAUUACCAUCUCAACGAGCUGCCUAGUCCACGUUCCGAUGCACAACGUAGCUCUUCAUCCUCCUCCUUUCUUUACCCUGACUACCAACCGAUCUGCUUCUUGCUUUCCAAUGCACUUCAUCAGUAAAGCUCUGCCUAUAACCGUGUGUCGUCAUAGCUCUCUCCAUCACGCCCGCUGCCGAUUAUCAUCGCUGUACAAUCACCUACAAGUGCCAUCGGCGACUAAUCCUGUACAGAGUCGUCAUGUGCACAUGGUUUCCAACAUGGACCUCGGGACUAAAUAUCGUCAACUCCGAAUAUGCGAGAGAGAAGAUCUUGUGACUGGAUUCGAAACCUUGUUGCAUCUCCUCCGUAACCCGGCAACGGCUCAGCAUGUCCACCAUCUGGAGGUGCGUGGAGCUCGCGAAGUUACGGAUCGCGAAGACCCGGAUUUCCAGAGGCCCCCGAGUGAGACUCAAGAAUUGGCUGAAGUUGAUAUACUGAAUCUGAGGACAGAUCUCCGGAAGGCCAUCUUCCUUUCCGACCAAGACUCGCCCGAAAACGACGAAUUGCAUUACAUUCCGGAGUCGUAUUAUCACCGAAUCAACCUCGUGCGCCGCCUGCCAGCUUUGGAGUCUAUCGCUUUCACGCUCGCGACGUGGAACAACGAGGCCGGGAUCCCGCCUCCCUCCCGGUCCGCGAACUACAGCGAGAUCAGUUUCACGCACUCGAUGAUGCACGAGGCGGACUUGUGCUGCCUCCUUGAUUGUGAAGCCGCUCUGAUGAAAUACAUUCGAUACCUUGUCAUUCGCGAGUCAUAGUGACUGUAGCUCUUCCAAUCAUGGAGCAUAGGAACCUCAUAUCUACUAGUAUAUAAAUUUGUCCGGUUGUUAGCUCGGAGAAACUAAGUGCUCAUAUAGAUUAAUGCUUACAUCUCUAAGACCUGGGCGUGAAUAGAGUUCGGCUUCAAGGACCUACUGCAUGAUUAUAUAGUUAUGCUUACAAGGCGGUGCUCCCGCUUGCAGAAGAGAGGGCGGCAUUGUUAGAACGCCCUUAGCAGGCAGCGGGCUGGCUUCGCAAAUGAAAACAGUUAGCAUGCUGAGGACGUACAUAACCCACGUUACUGAGCGCAUCAUGCAGACUGCCCUUGGGCAGGAUACCCUUCUCUCUACCUCUGAAGCCUCCUCAUAAGUCAAUCAGUC